AUGAAGGACCGUGACUCUGUUUCACUCCUGCACUACUCUGGUUCAGGCAAGACUAGCCCUCAGUUCCCAAAUGCUGCCAUCCACCCAAACUCUCCUGUGUUAGGGAAGUCCCAGCCUUUCUGCCUACAGUCUGGCCAGCACCUCAUAGCCUCCAUGCAGCUCCAGAAACUCAACAGCCACUAUCAGAACCUGGCUGUAUCCUCUACCGCUACCAAUGGACCCAGCCGAGGGUAUGCAACCACCGUGCUGGGCCCAGGACAGAUUACAACCCCUGGGGCAGCACAGGCAACUGGGAUCAUCGAUUCUGAUCCAGUCGAUGAAGAAGUUCUGAUGUCGCUGGUGGUGGAGCUGGGUUUGGACCGUGCUAAUGAGCUUCCAGAGCUAUGGCUGGGUCAGAAUGAGUUCGAUUUCAUCACAGAUGCCAGAGGACCAAAGAAGCAUCUGAAGCGUGUCGCAGCUCCUAAACAUUGGAUGCUGGACAAACUCACUGGUGUAUUUGCUCCUCGUCCUUCCACCGGUCCCCACAAGUUGAGGGAGUGUUUGCCCCUCAUAAUCUUCCUGAGGAACCGUCUCAAGUACGCCCUGACUGGAGAUGAGGUCAAGAAGAUCUGCAUGCAGAGGUUCAUCAAGAUCGAUGGCAAGGUCCGCACUGAUAUCACCUACCCCGCUGGCUUCAUGGAUGUGAUCAGCAUUGAGAAGACUGGAGAGAACUUCAGGCUCAUCUAUGAUGUCAAGGGACGCUUCACUGUUCAUCGCAUCACAAAUGAGGAGGCCAAGUACAAGUUGUGCAAGGUGAAGAAACUCAUCAUUGGCACAAAGGGAAUCCCACAUCUGGUGACCCACGAUGCACGCACCAUCCGUUACCCUGACCCUCUGAUCAAGGUCAACGAUACUGUCCGUAUUGACUUGGACACAGGCAAAAUUACAGAUUUCAUCAAGUUUGACACAGGUAACCUGUGCAUGGUGACUGGAGGUGCUAACUUGGGGCGUAUUGGGGUGAUCACCAAUAGAGAGAGGCAUCCUGGCUCCUUUGAUGUAGUGCACGUUAAAGACAGCACUGGCAACAGCUUUGCCACCAGGCUGUCCAACAUUUUUGUUGUUGGCAAGGGCAACAAGCCAUGGGUGUCCCUGCCCCGUGGAAAGGGUAUCCGCCUGACCAUCGCUGAGGAGAGAGACAAGAGAAUUGCUGCCAAACAGGGCAGCAGCUAAGUCAACAGGACUAGCGCACCUUGCUUCAAAUAAAAAAAAAUAUUUACAA